AUGGAGCUGUUGCUUCUCUGGUCUUGGGUGGUGGGUGUAGCACUGGCUGACCCUAUGGACUUUCUACCAGAACUUCGCUCGAGACAGGUUGACGGUGCUGCUUCAGGAAAUGUCUUUCUGCGGAGAGCGUCCCACUCUUCUGCGGUGCUCAAUGGUAAGGUCUACAUCGAUGGUGGUGAAUUCUCAUACACCAGCGGCAAGGGAGUGGUGAUUCAAUACUCGUCGACUUUGUUAUCCAUCCAUCUGUCGGCAGAUUUCGAACCAGACACCGUGAUCUACACAGCGAUAGCAAAGCCAUCAGGCGUACCAGACUUGAACUAUGCGGGAAUAUGGGUUAAUAAGGUGUCAAAUCUGCUGUAUACCGGCUUUGCUGGCCUGCCGUCAGAUUUUGGCGACGCUCCGAAGAUAUCGCAGGGCCUGUGGUCAUUUGAGCCAAGCGAGGAUGGGACGACCGGGACCUGGACGAAUCUCAAUGAUACGACGGAUGAAUACUUUAUGACUCAGCCUAGGCAUUUUGCGGGACCAGUGACCAGUGGAAAUGGGGCUGGAUUCUUUCUGGGUGGCAAAAUGCUAGAUAAUGGGACCAAAGUGCCCGUCAGUGGUCUCCUUAAGUACAAUUUUGCCACCAAGGUUGCAACCAAUUCCACAGUCGUGGGCAUUUCUACAUCCGGGUAUCUACAGCUUGGCCGGAUGCAAUACGUGCCCAACUUUGGGCCCGCCGGCGUCAUUAUCGCUGCCGGAGGUCAUCAGCUCCAAAAUGGUCCAUCAGAAAAAUAUCUGCUGUCUUUUACUUCGGUUCAGGUCUUUGACCCCGCGACCGAUACCUGGUAUGAACAGACCACCACUGGCGACAUUCCCAAUGGCCGCAAGGAGUACUGCAUGACCGGUGCUGCGUCGUCCAACAACACGUACGAGAUACUUGUAUACGCGGGAUGGGACGGAAACCUUGGAACCACCUCCAUCGCUUGGGAUCAGGCAUUCGUGCUGUCGCUGCCGUCCUUCCGCUGGUUCAAGGCAGACUACCAAGCCUUGCAGCCACGCCACGGCCUCACCUGCGAGCAUAUCGGAGGUGGCCAGGUCCUGACGAUUGGUGGUGUCGACACAACUCAGGUCGGACCAGAUUCAUUAUACGAUGGUGUGUUCAACACGAGAGAUGCGCACGCCCAGGGAUUGGCGGUAUUCGAUUUGAGUAGCUUGUCUUUCAAGACAAGAUACAUGAGCAAUCAGACGGUGUACAACCUGGCACCAGAUGUACAGAGUUAUUACGACAAUCACGACCGCAUGGCCGAUUUUACCUACGCGGGCCUGGCCGAUAUAUUCACCGUUGAGAACUUCACCGCCGCGGCAACUGACGACACUGGGUUGGGUGUGAGCUCGUCAGGCGCGACAGACUCCAAGAAUGACUCCAAUCCGUCUUCGGGCCCGUCAGAUUCCAGCUCCGACUCGGAAAUCAGUGCAGGUGUCAUAGCCGGUAGCGUCGUGGGCGGCGUAGCAGGUGCAGCCCUCAUUGGUACGAAUAUUGAGGAUGUAGGUGUGGGUGAGCAGACAUACUGUGGUCCUGACGGUCAUGAUGUCUUGUGCGGCGAUGUGGCACAUGCUGAGAUGCCGGGGCAAGUGCCGCAAAAGUCGGAAGUGGUGUCAAUGCCGCAGGCGGAAUUGCCUGUCUCGCACAGCUUCGAUCGGCCGACCACGCGAGGAUGGCCAGCACCCGGGUCAUUAUACGGAAGACCUCCAGGCCACGGGAGUCUUCCGCGAGCAAAAUCUGACGACGAAGACCAGAUGCAUUACAAUUCAUUCUGA